CGAAUUUAGACUGAGACGGGAUCAAGUUUUUUUCAGCCUGAGCGGCUGAUUUAUCAGGCCUACCUGCACGGUAGCCAGUUAACAAUUAGCCAAGCGAACCCAAAACCCAAAUCCCAUCAGUCAUUGCCAGCUAAACAGACACGCUGAGAGAAAGCUCCCUACGCAAACCGAAGCCAUUUUUCAAAGCCAUGGAAGUGGAGGGAUCGUCGAAGAAGAUGAUAGCAACGCAGGCUGAGAUGGUGGAGGCCAGGGUCCCGCUCCCUUACAGAGAUCAGUGCGCCCACCUGCUGAUCCCUCUCAACAAGUGCAGACAGGCUGAGCUGUACCUCCCCUGGAAGUGCGAGAACGAGCGCCACACCUACGAAAAAUGCGAGUACGAGCUCGUCAUGGAGCGGAUGCUCAAGAUGCAGAAGAUCCGUGAAGAAGAGGCCAAGUUGAAGCAGCAGCAGAAGAAGCAGCCUCUUCCUCUCAUUCCCAACACUGCCACUGCUUCUUAGACGCCCAAAUCCCAAAUGAGCAUGUUGAAAAACUGCUCAGAUGUGGAUGCUCUGAUGAUGUUUUUCAUUGCUAUUGAUGGGAAGUUAUUUUGAAACAAAUACGAGAGACUCCUUGCAUUUAAUUGCUCUUGUUUCCUCAGUUUGCGACAUAUGGAAUAAAAAUUUCCUCAGUUACAAUCACUUGACAUGUAUGAUGAUAAGCUUGCUUGCUUGCUAUUGCAUUGUAGAUUUGGAAUGAAAGGCAUUGUUGCUUAA